AUGUCUUCUGGACCUGUCAGAAAUGCCCCAAGAUGCAGACGUGCUCAAACGCCUUUCUAUCACGCAGCUGCCCGGCCAGGACCUACGACUUCGCGAUUUCGGGUGGCGCCUGCACUUCCACAUGAUGUUAUCGAGAUCACCAUCAAUGAGGAAAUUCCAAUCCAUCCACAUUGCAAGCCGGCACCCGCUGUUCAUGCUGAAGCUUCAGUCAAAAUACUAUUCAAUGAUGAAGCCGCGGAGCAAGCUGGUGAUGUUGCGUCCACGUCUAAUACGUCUUCAGCUGAUGCGGAUGCAACAAAAGCCGAGCUGGCAAGUCUCCGCGCUGUGAUUCAGAAGGUCCUAUCGGAAAGGGAUCUGUCUCUGGAGUGCCCCAUUUGCAAAACAGUAUUCAGAGAAUUACACACUCUCAAAUGCGGACAUAGCUUCUGUGGGGCGUGCUUGAAACAAUGGUUUCAAUGUUGUUGGAGUAAAUGGGUUGCAGACUCGGACAAUCCAGUGCCAGCUGCUCUCAGUCUACGAGACAUCUCGAAGCUACCACUAUCACUUGCAGUCAUAUCAGUCGUAACGAAACAUAUUGGACCAAUGCCGUUCACCUGUCCAACUUGUCGGGGUUCAGUUGGCAGGCAAGAACCUUUCAAGACCAUCGCCCUCUGUCAGAUUUCAAACUCCAUAACAUCACUUCUUGGGGGUGCAUGCGGUGAAGAAGAUCUACCAACUAAUUGGACAGGGUACUUUCUAGACGUGGCUUUAGCUUGGAAUCUAAUUGGUGGUGUGGACUCUCCAAAGCACCAGAUGAUACAAUACUCAGACAACAAAAUCAAGAGUGAGGGCUACCAGCUGGUCCACUGUUCUGCAGAUCAAACAUCGAGAAGACUAUCAGCAGUUCAUAAGAGUUGUAUCUUUUGCAAGACUGCCCAGCCACUGAGCUGA